GGGAAAAAAAAAAAGAAAAAAAGAAAACAGCGGGCAUAUUUCAAAGCCCUAAUUUAUGUGCCGGGAAAACCCGCCUAAAUUUCACUGCAGUUCACUGGGCGCCAACGGCGAAGCUUGUCUUCUCAAUUUCGGUGCGAUUUUGAUUCGGAUUUGAGAAAUGGAGAGCGACAUCGAAGAAUCAAUCAGGAAGAAAGUCAGAAAGAAUCCACACCCUGGCGAAUCUUCUCGCAAGAGUGGACUGGUAGAUGAAGAUAUUAGAAUAGAGACUACACGAGCAAGAUUUUCAAAUGUCCUCAAAAGGCACAGUGAAUUAACUGAGCGUCUCUCCAGGGACUCUGACAAGAUGAUAUUUGAGCGCUUACAAAAAGAAUUUGAAGCUGCUAGAGCAUCUCAGACUCAAGAGAUAUAUUUGGAUGGUGAACAAUGGAACGAUGGACUUUUAGCAACAAUAAGAGAGCGGGUUCAUAUGGAAGCAGAGAGAAAGGCCAUGCCUGAGGAUGCAGAUAUUUUGCCACAGGAAAAAAUCACCUAUAAAGUUGGAACCAAGGUUAUUUGCUGCUUGGAAGGAGCGAGGAUUGGCAUACAAUAUGAGACAUCUUUUGCAGGUGAACCCUGUGAACUUUACCAUUGCGUGCUUGAAAGCAAGUCAUUCCUUGAAAAGAUGACUGUCCUAGAACACACAAUUCCAUUCUUUCUGCCAGUAAGAGAAGCAGAAAAUGAUCUUCUCUCCUCUAACGCGAUGAAAUUUAUAGAUUACAUUGGAGAACUUUUGCAGGCCUAUGUGGAUAGAAGGGAACAGGUUCGGCUUAUCAAGGAGUUGUAUGGAAACCAAAUCAGGGAGUUGUAUCAUAGCCUUCCAUUCCAUAUGAUUGAAUUUGCGCUUGAUGAUUCUGACUGCACGGUGACUGUCAGUCUGAGAUAUGCUGAUCUCAUAUAUGUGCUGCCAACUAAAAUCAGUGUGCUUGCAUGGCCAAUGCCUCAGAUGAAGAAAAAUACCGCAAAUUCAUCAAUCUUGAGCAUCAAAAAGGAAAAUGGAGGAACUGUAAGUUAUCCGAUUCCAGCUCGUUUAUCAUAUGCAGAGGAUGCUUUACGAACCAUGAGCUUACCAGAAGCAUAUGCUGAGAUUGUGCUGAAUUUACCCCAAGCUAUACAACAGAUGUUUCCGCCGAAAACUAACUCAUAGUAUUUCAGCAACUCCUGGAGCUAUGCGGAAUUGUACAAAGUUAUAACAGAGGUAUGAUCGUAGAUUAGUGGCUAUUAUGUGACUGACUAGGAUUUUAUCGGUUGAAGCCAACCCAGCUCUUAGAGUUUUCAUGAAUUUGGUAAGAACAUCAAAAUCACAAAUUGAAGUAGGUUCAUUUAUAGGAUAGUUCAUAACUAAAUGAUCUUUUUUCGUUAACAUCCAGUUGUAUAGAGCAAAAAAUACAUUAAGGUUGGCAUUAUUGUAUGAAGUGGUUUUAUUGUAUCAUAUCCAAUUUUUCUCAUUUUAACCUUCCUAAAAGUUAUUGGAAAACAUAUACCAAUCCAUUUUUGUAAACCGAGCUCAUAACCCAAGCUCUAUUUGAUAAACUAUUUAGUUUUUUAUUUUUGAAAA